AUGGAGCUCAACAAGAAGUUUCAAGAAAGCCUGGACUUGAAGAGAAAUGCUGGAGCAGCCAGAUUUAGGAAGAUAGAAAAUGUUCAGCAGAUCUUGUGGAUUCAGAAUAAUCAGAUUCCACCUUUUUAUGUCGAAGUGCUGCAGUACGUAAGCUGCACUCUUUCCGGCCAAGGUAUCGAUACAAAUCUGUUAUUUCCCCUUCUGGUGCAUUCACGACUUCCUCAAGAGGUCCUUGGUCAGAUCUGGUCCGUCUGCAACCAAACCUUUCCCGGCCAGCUUACCUUUCAAGAAUUUUUCGCCGCGAUGGCCCUGGUGGCGAUAAGGCAGCAGAACAACUCAGCACAAAUCAAUCUUUCUCAACGACCAGAGCCGCAAGUUCAACAACCCCAGCCCCAGCAGCAGCCCCAAGAACAAAUCCAAGCAAACUUCGAAGAUGACGAUGAUGAUGAUGAAUUCGGUGAUUUCACUGAAGCCACUGGGGAAUUACAGUCCCAGCCAGCGGCGCCAGCAAUUACUCCUUCCCAUAUUGCUCCUACAAUCGAUAGUUUUCACAAAGAGCCGUCUCAUCAGAAUCAAAUCCCGACAGAGAAAAGCGAUCAAAAUCAACAAGAAAAUACAACAGAACACAGCGUUACGCCCAUUCCAGUUAUUCCCGUUUCUGAAGUCGAUUUCUCGAUGGCUUCAAUUCCGACUGCGCCUAUGCCAAGUGGCUUCGUAGAGAAUCACCAGCAAGAGGCAGAAAUGAACGCUCCAGCGAAUAAUGGAGAUAUUUAUGCCGCUUUGAGGGACAUUUCUGGACCAAGUGUCUCUGAAGAGUUGCCAAAACUAGAGCUUCCAGUACUAGAACAACCUCAUCCUGUGAAUGCUGAAAAGAAUGAUAAUGAGGAGGAAGACGAUGAUGAUUUCGGCGAUUUCGAAGAAGCAAAGAACGAAGAGCCCACCAUUCCAGAGCCAGUUUUCAAAAACCUGAAGUUCCAAAAGUGCUCUCUCUCGAUAUUCGAAAAUUCGAACAGAUUUCCAAAGAAAAGCCCUCCCCAUCUGAGCCAAUCUACGACCCUCUCGUCUGAUUUCGAUCUGCUCGCUGGGUUGGACUUCGGAACACCUUCGGAACCUGUUCUACCAAUUGAAGCGCCAACGACGGAGGAUAGAUUGGCGCAAGUGCUGAGUUUAGACCUUCCGGAUUUGCAAGAGACGCAAAAUCGCUCAAUUGACCAGAAAGGGGAAGAAGUUGAAGACGUCGAAAAUGAGGAGCUAGAAAUCUCAAGCCCGGACAACGAGAACAUGCCAUCUUGGGAUAUCAUUACUAACGAUGAGAGCGAAGAGUCUAAGUCGAGAAGUAACUCCGAAAUCCCUCCAGUUUCUGUUGAAGAAUCAGAACAACUUCCAAAGCCAAUCGAAGAAACCGCCGAAGCAUCCGAAGUUGUUGAAACUCCAGAGAAAGAAGUAAAAAUUCCAAAGAGGCGAUCUUUAUUGAGUAAAGCAGAGCCUGUUUGGAAAAACCUCCUCAAGGAAUGCCUUCGAGUCAUCAGAAUCACCCACGACGUUUUCAAAGGAGCUGAAGCCGACAUCCUCACAGAAGUUCUUCUUGCCAAAGAAGGCCAAGACUAUCUCGCGAAUGUCUGCUCAAUUUACUUGGCCAGCUACAGAUAUCUCACAGCCUUGCGAAACUUUGGAUUCUCAAUUACUCCUGAAAUGAAGGAAAUUGACGGAAUGUGGGAGAGCCUCGCGGAUCUGGUUCAAAAUCAUUCGAAAACACUUGAGUUGCCUCUUGCCAAAGUGCGUCCUAUUACGAGGGAUUGCAAGAUUUGUCUGCACAAAUCCAAAGAAGACUACCACUUCAUCUGCAGAUGCAUGUAUCAGGAAGUCAUCAAAGAAGACCUUCCUGAUUUCCGGCUGACUUCAUAA